AUGUUUGCAGAAUCAACAGAGCUUUCGCGAGCUAUCUUGGCAGGCUAUCCAGAAUCAUGGCAUCGUCAAGAAGGCAAGCAAUUGAAUACUAAAAGCGACAACAGACCACACCGAGCACCCAUUUGGGCAUUUGCUGUAACAUCACAAAAGGCUGUUCAUGCCUUCGAAAAUGCCCUUCAACUGCAACCAAACUCUGCUAUACGUGAAGCCUGGCUGGAGAUACCGAUUUACUGUCUUACGGGCGCGACGCUUACGAGUGUUCAGAAGGCAGGCUUUAAGACCAUCAAUAGCAAGAAUCCAUAUACUGAUGUUACCUCAUCAGAUCCAGCAUCGACAUCUACAAUAGCACCGAUGACAACCUAUUCUUUUGACACUGGAGUUCAGUUAGUGGAAUUUAUACUCUCUGCGGACUGGCCCACAGUUCAUCCCUCUUCUGCAUCUAGUGAUGGUUGUGGAGCCCUGGCGCCUGAACUUUGGUUUUUGAGUGGAGAAAUAAAUAUGAAGACCUUGACCGAGACGUUGACUGCAUACCAGAAACCAUUUAAAGAGAUUGUAGUCUAUAGAACAGAACGACGACCAGGUUUCGAUCAAGAGCUGCUAGAGUGGCUAAAUAGAAAUUCAUCAAACGUAGAGACCAAGAACAAUGAAGAAAAGAGGACAUGUUGGCUUGUGGGAUUUAGCCCGCGUGGUGUUGACAUGUCUAUACCAACGUUGAAGCAAUUCAUACUGCAGAACACGACACGAGUUGAUGGCAAUGAUGGAAGCGGCAAUGGUGGCGCUGUUAGUGGCAGUGGUAACACGACGAGACACGUCGAGAUUCGAUGGGGUGCAAUUGGAACCACAACUAUGAAGCGAAUUCAGGAACAUCUUUUGAAGCUCCAUGAAGACAUAAUUCCGACGAGCAACAUGGAUAUAAGCCUAAGUAUGUCGGUUGCUGUGGCAAGGGCGCCAAAACCUGAGGAAAUGGCAGAAGCUAUCUUGCCUUGA